ACUUACACCGUACUACUCGACGAGGUGUUGCGAGUCACGGAUGGGCAAGGAUCUCAGGACCAACACACACAGAACCUUCUGGAAAGUUUGCGACUUCAGCAGCAGGUGCUGGACACGUACGCCAGCCGGUUAGAUGAUCCUGGCUGUAUCUCCAUGGCCAACAACAGUGUACUCGGCCCGCGUCUGACGCGCGUCAAGACGGAUUGUCGCGAGCUGCAACUCGUAGCCAACGCUAAGAAGAAGCAGCUGGAGAAGCGUCUAGAGCUGAUGCAAAACCUACACAAGGGCAUUUGUGGUCUGCUGGAUUCCCUUGACCAAGAAACUCAGACCAAUCGUGACUCACCACCUGCGUCCCACAGCCCGUUCAAGAUCAUCCCCUCCGCGCCAUUGGACUUGAACAAACCAUCAUGUGAAAUAAGCUCCAUGGUUGCCACUCAGGACGGGCGUCUGGUCAUGGCGGACCGCAUCAACGAAAGCCUGAAGGUUCUGUCUCUGUCGAGACCUUCCGACAUCGUCACCAUCAAGCUGAGCAGAAGGUCCCUUCGGCUGUGCGCUCUGUCGGACGGCCAAGUGGCUGUUACGACCGAAGGGAAGGGGAUCCUCUUCGUCGACAUUGACCAGAAAACGUUCUCAAGCGUGGCGACCGAGCGGCAGUAUUGGGGGAUCAGUGGACUGGCAGAAGACAACCUGGUCGUGACCUGCCGCGAUGACGUAUACACCGUUGACGUGCUGACCCGCGACGGGACGCUGCUGCGAACGGUGGCGCUAAGUGGGCUGAGCUCAAACGAAGAUUCCAACGGCUUCCACCACGUGCACGCUACCCGGGCAGGACACAUUUUGCUGUCCAACUACUUCCUGCACACCGUCUACCGCGUGGACUUGGCCACUGGCGGACUGCUGGAAGUCUUGACAGAUCCGGACCUGCAGCAGCCUUAUCAGGUGACAGAGGACGAACACGGCAAUGUGUACGUCGCCAGUUGGGGUAACCGCUGCCUGCUUGUGAGGUCAGCACGAACAGGAGCCUGGAGGCGACUGCUGGACCACAGCACUGUGUCCGACGAGGCCUACGACCGCCCUGCCGCGGUCACCUGGUGCGGGUCGGAGCUGGCCGUGGCUUGGGACAAGUUAUCGCCACAAUGCUCCAUGGUGGCCUGCUACAAAUUCAUUUAGUUAGCCUGCUGUCUGACGUCCCCGCAACAUACUUUAUUUACACAGUAUUCGAAGCAACUUGAUAAUUUCUUCGUCUGUACCCGCAAAGCAAGUAAUGGAAUUUAUUGACUUGAUGGAUCUGAUCUGGAUUCAAAGCAAACUGUAUUGCACUAUGACGUCCCAUUGAAUAGUUUAUUCAGUUUCUUGAGUUGUGAGUGAGAAGGCCAUUUCAUAAUAUUAUUAUAAUAUUAUCGUCCACAGUGAGUGCCUCAUGCAACUUCUUAAACCGUUAGUGUACAGGAUGCAAAACAAAUUUUUACCUGUUCUCAGUUGUUUUCACUUGAGUAGCUUCUUGACAAGACAUUCGCGGAUGCGGAUCAGCAGUUGCUAUAGUGUUGUUAUUGUUUAAAGGGAAUUUUAAAAAAAAUGUUAGUUUGUUCUAUGUUUAGAUGGUGAAUUUGCAGAGCUUCUGCGUUUAAAUUAUUUGUCAUCUUUUUUGAAUGAGCUGGCUCAUUUCUCCGCUGAAAUUAUGGGGGAGUCACACCAAAAUCCUGAGACAAGGGGAAUAAUCAAUGAGUGCAAUUGACUUGAUUUCUUGCUGGUUGUUUGCCCUUUUACUUUUAACCAACCUCUCUUCCUAAGUACAAAAUGUCUAUCUCUGUGUCAGCGUGCGUGUGCGCGCGAGUAGAUCAGUAAGUGAAAGCACCCUGGUGACACUGCAGUAAAGCACCUGUCACCAAAAGAAUUCGGCACAUGGUCUGUAUAAUUAUUCAGAUCUCGCCUCUAGCUUAAACAAAAUUAAAGUUCAUGCAACUUCUUUUUUUUCUCUCUCUCCUCUAACGAAACAGCUUUAAGGAAGAACUUACUGUACUGUUUCGUAAAUGUGGUACUCCGUCUUCAGGGUUGCCCUGCAAUUUGCUGAAUCGGUAUAAAACACUAACAAAAUAGUAUAACCCUUAUUUUGCUAUACAUCUUUUGGUUUGCUGCUUUUUCCUACAAAUUGUGUAUCGUCCUGUUGUACAAGGCGAUAAUCACUGUUAUCAAAUUUUGUUGUGAUAAUUCAUCUACAGAUUGCACAUUUGAUUUUGUCACGGAUGUGGUUUGUAAUACAUAUUUUGUUGAUUAUUGCUGAUAUCAGUAUUACUUAGUGUUUUAUCAGCCCUAGAAAAGUAGUAUGGUAGGCUAGCUUGCUGCAGCUUACCACAAAUAAUAAGAGAUUUUAAGACAAUUAUUUUUGUACCUUAAAAAGGCUAGAAUACUGUCUCUACUAGAAGUGUUUUUAUGAGAAUAAACAUAAUUUGUUGGCUUUUACAUUUCUCUUCCGUUAAAUAUGACGAGU